ACAUCGCGCAGCCCCAGCUAAUUCCUUUUUCCGAGAGCGCGGCAAGUGCACGAAUAUGAAGUCCGGCCGGCAAGUCGCCCUCGCAUUCUUACUGGUCAUCGUCUGCGUCGAAGGAUUGCAGUUAUGCGAACAGAAACUCGAGAACUGCGAGGGAGAUUCCUGUUACAAAUCGAUUGCGUGCUACCAUGGGGACUGCAGCGAUGCGGGAACCUGCGAGUGUGACCUUUGCUGGGAAGGAGACAACUGCGACCGAUACGUGGACAAUUUCCUGCCAGAGUUCAACAAGGAAGAAGAGACGGCCAUCGUCAGCGACCCCUGGAGCCCGGAAGUGGUGUACAUGGCUCAGGCCUUGGACGGAGAUCUUGGAUCAAAGUGUCCCGCAGAAGCCAUGAUCUGCGAGUGUGCCGAGACCCACUAUUCCAUCACGGCUGGGGAUCCCAACAAGCUCUUCUACAUCAACAACCUGACAGGAGAAGUGUAUGUGAAGGAAGCCUCACAGGUGGUUUCCGGGAAGACAUAUAAUCUGACCUUGACUGCCAGAAGUUCCAGGGGCAUGAUAAGUCCCUCUCCCAAUGCGCAUAUGCUGCUGAGGAUUGUCAUUGAUGAUCUCCACCACCACUUGGCCAAAGUUUUGCAGCAGAACGUUCUCACUUGGCUGGGUGAUGACGAAGACACCUUGCCGAGGUCAAAAAGAAGUACCGAGAACAAAAACUACAACACAGAAUUCAACUUUACACUAGUGACUGGGGAAGCCGAGAACAUGGAGACAGGUGGCUUCUUAAAGUAUCUUCUUGAGAUCACCGUGCCCCAGACAGACGGAAUGGAUUUGACAGUUGAAUUCUUCACCAAGGACAUUGGGAAUGGAAAUUACACUCCCGUUCUGGCCAUAUUUAAUGUGGAGAUUUUGGAGAAGCCCGAUGGUGUGACGUUUUCAAGAGGAGAUCAGCCGCACAUAGAGAUGCUGCUCAGCGAUGAAAUCAUGACUGCGUAUGACCGAGCGAUCGUCACUUUCGGAGAAGUGAAAAACACAAAUGCGGAUCCCGCUCCUCUGUACAUGACGUUUUCGGUGACACAGAUCAAGAAUCCCGGAACCGUCUUUGAUACCAAAUAUCUGGUGACUGCCGGAGCCGAAUACGACAAAGAAACGUACGUCUGGGUCGGGCAGUCGGAAGUUACUGUGCAUAAUUCCACUGAGGAGAAGAGGAUAGAAGUGGACAUCGUGGGACCGAAAGAGAUUCCUUUGGACAGUGCCGGAGUCUAUGUGUUGAUCGCCCACUGCUCCGUCAGAUCGGACAACUUCACUUUCGAAGUUAUCGCCCCAGAGGAGACCGAGGUAGUGACUGUCGGAAACCUAGGAGUCAAAGAUUUUGAUGCGAACUAUGAUCCAGUGCCUCAAAGCAUCUACUUCUAUAACACAACGAAAGAGGGUUCGGACGACGAUGUGAUUUAUACAUCUGCAAGGCUGAAUCUCGGAAUCAUGACGAAUGUUGGCAAUCACGGCGAGCCGAGGGAGGACGGCAACGUGAUAAAUGUGACUUUCGCCAUCUACGCCUUAAACAACGAGACGCAUCUAGACAAAGAAGUGAGCUUCACGACCAAAAUAAUAGUUGGGAGGGAAAUCCUGUACUCUCAAGAAACUGCAGUGAAGUUGGUAGCUCGGAAAGACGCAGAUAAGAUGAUCGAUAUACGGUCCACUUACGGCGACUUGACCACUCCAGAUGUAGGCGUUGGAGAUAUGGCCAUGUAUACUCUCUGGUCCAAUCUCACCAAUAAUGGAUUCGCAGAUUACGUACUAGAAGUGGACGUCCAACGCUACAAAGGUAUUCCUAGACUCGAGGCUUGCUCGGCUCGAUUGUGGAACUACAAAGACAGUUUCGAUGUGCCCUAUCUCAACACCACCUUUAUCGAUCCCGAAAUAACUGACGGUAAAUUUAUCUUCAGAUUCAACAGAAUCCACAUUACAGGCCAGCGGACACCGUCCAUCUACAACGACUCCAUGAUCUACGUCCAUCUCGUAAUGAAGGUGAGCGCCCUUCCGGUCAACAAGGAGAGCACGAGGCUCACGCCGACAGUCAGAGUCGGAACGCAAGGAAAGCCGGAACACGAUGUCAAGGUGCCCGGACUAGAAAUCAAAAAGAAGGGUGAUUACGAAGCUCCACUUAUGGUGGUUGAAAAUGGGGUGGACUGGCCUUACCUGUACGUUGGAGGUGCCAUCGUGCUCAACAUCACCAUGUUUGUGCCUAGAGGUCAGGGCUACGCGGAGGUCUUCAUGGAAGCUUCUGGCGAGAACAACCCUCCCUUGCCAGCCGUGCAUGUCUGCAGAGCGGAGCUAAGUGACGUCGGCAGGAAUGUGCCCUGUUUGCGCAUGCACCAGGACGAAGUCAAUGCAAAUUUCACUAAAUAUUCCAAAACAGAUAAGAAUCGUCCGAAGCCGGACAUGACAAGUAUAAUGUUGGGAGAUGUCGGCGCUCUACCCGUGGAGGGAAAGAACUUCGCUCGAGUGUCUGUAGUUGUAGAACUACCCGAAGGAGUGAUCAUCAAGGAGGAUGAGCAGUAUCCCAUUAGCUCGGGUCUGCUGAUCUCCACCAACACUAUCUGGAGUGCGAUGGCCAAUUACACUAUGAAAAAGAGCUCACCGCCGCCCCUGGAAGAGUUUCAAUGGCCUGAAGCGUCUGCGCACUAUAACGAGGAAAAGAAAAUAGUUCCCGGACAUCUGGCUGAAGUGGAAAUUUGGGUAGACACUAAGAUUCAGACGAUCACUGCCAUGACCAUAGAAGUGGAGGGAGUGACCAAAGACAUUAGUCUUUGCGGUUUGAAGGUGAAGUCCUUUGGCCGGAAUCUGCCAUGCAUAGACUUGGAUACAGAACCCUUCUAUUUUCCGCACGAAAACCCGUUAGAUGGCAACAAAGUGGCGGGAUUGAAUUUUUCAGCUCUCUCUAAUAUAGGUUUCCGUUCUGAUAUCGAACAUGACCGUCUGGUGGCCAUUGCUCUGGUUCGUAUCAGUCCCACCUGCAAGAAAGCCACCACAGAAUUGGAAUGGAGAGUGACCUUCGGAGGCGGCAAGCGGCAAGGAAAAGCCACCAUCCAAGUCGACUUAACCGCAGACACUUCAGACAUGUCCUUCAGUGCCAAAGAACCAAAGGCUUUGGCCUUCAAAGCUGCUUAUCCCGGCAAAGCCAUAGCUGCUGGCAGUCCUGUAGUCGUGGAUCUGGAGGUGUCUCUCGAACCUGGGUCUCUGGCCCCUGUCAUCGUCGAAAUCAAAAACAUGGACGCCAACAAGAAGUUCCCUUACGAGAUGUGCCUCGGUGGGGUGUGGUUUCGGGGUAGGAAUUACCCUUGCUUCUCUCCUGUUCAAGUGGAGAGUAACUUCUCUUCAAGCGGUUCGAAUGGAAAUCGCAAUGACAGCGCUGUGUACAAUCUGGGUCUCGUUUGCAACACUUUUGUGGACAGCAGAGAUGAAGAGAAUAAGGUCACCAUUCGUGUAGCGAUGCGGCCUACAGAUGACGGAUCUCUGAAGAUCAAGGAACAGUUUGGCGUGGAAGGUUACGCUACAGUUGGAAGCCACCACAAGAAGAUAAAUACGGUCAAGUUCACCAUAGCCAGGGAUGCAGACCAAGUCGAAACAAAUGUGAAUGCCUCGGUGAAACUCGUGAAUCCUGAGAACAUUCCGAUCCGAAUCCAUCAGCGCCUGUGGAUUCCUUUCAACAUCACCAUUCCCAUCGAUGCAGUAGUGAAAGUGGAGGCAGAGGCCCGGGGCUACCACAAAAAAGACAGGGCCGUCCUCACUGUCCACAACAUGAGGCUAGUGUCGGGAGGUGUCAACAUCCCAUGUCCCAUGCUCUAUCCCCAACCGAAAGUAGUCUUCAACCCCACCGGUCCCACGACGCAGAGUGACGUUAUCAGGGCCUACAUUGGCUAUUUCACUAAUCUAGGUCUGUCUCACAAAAUGAAUAUGGCCCAAGAAGGCGACGACGAUUUGACCAUUGAGGUAGAGGUAGAAAUGACCGAUCAUCCCCUGGCAGAGCAUGAGAAAGUGUUCCCACUUAAAUUCAUUGCAGAGGUAGGCAAAGCCGUUGCAGAAAUCGAUCAGCCGAUGCAAGUUCUUAGAGAUGGACAGGAACGAGCAGACUUGGACGUCAGAGUUCAAGUGGAUAACAAGAAACCUUACCAGAGUGGAGAACGCAUCAACGUGUCGGUGUCCGUUGUUCACAAGACUGAGUCAACAGCCGAGCCAAUCAAUGCUACCAUUCGAUUGUACUUGCCACCCUACGUGGAAUUCGAAAAUAAAGUCUUCAGCAAUGCAACAACUGUCGGCCCAGUAUCUUUUAUAACAGAAUACGGUGGACUGGACAUUGUUAUUCCCCAGUUCCUGUUUUCUGACUCGGCGACCAUAAUCGUCAGCCUGCUCGCCGAUCCCCGCAACGAGAGGGGUUUCGGCAGAGGUGAAGUGAAUGCUACCACCCCCUUUAGAGUGCUCUGCCUGCAGAACUUCAGGGAGGAGCCUUCAGUGAACCCUAAAACAUCAGACACCAUCGUCAGCUGCGGUCCUGUCGAUCACAUCAUGUACAUAGUCAACAGUCAAGAGUGCUACAACAAUCUGGGAUUGAACAGUAAAAACAAAGUUUACAAAUGUCAGUUUAGUGCAUCAUCUGCAGCAAAGAGAGAAACGGGGCCUUCUUAUUCCAGAAGUGGCGGCAAAGGUUGGUCCCCUGCUCUUCGAAUAGGACCGUACAAACCUUAUUUGCAGAUCGACUUCCUGCGCACCACUCGAGUAUCGAAACUCGAAUUCAUUAAGGUCGAAGGCGCCCGAAGCGUCACGAAGUAUCGUCUGCAAUACAGCCACACCGGAUCAGACUGGCUUUAUGCUAACGAAAUAACUGAGCUGACUUACAAGAAGAACAAGGCCUUUGAUACCUUGGAAAAACCUGUGCAGACACGAUUCGUCCGAGUAGUAUUGGAAGAGGUGGACAAAGAAAAUGAGGAUACGCAGUACAUCGUACUCAAGAUGGAGAUGUACGGCUGCUACCUGGCAGAAAAAUCUUCUUCAGUCACAUGUGCGAAAUUUGAUCCAACAUGGUACUCUGAUGACAAAAAUAAAUAUGGAAGGCACUUCUCCGUGGACCUUCAGAGGGACAUCAUUUACUUCUGCGAUCUCGAAUAUGACAUGGAGACAUUGGCCUGCUUUUCAUCUGUAGAUGCAGGAAGUUCGUGGAAAAUUCUGCCGAAGAGCAUUGGUGGUGUGCUGGGAUGGGAUAAGAAGACAGGCCGGACGUACGCCUUCGACAAGCGGAAGCGAGCCCACAUUGCCAGUGAUGAUGGCAUGAGUUGGAUCGCGGUGGACGACAUCGAGGUAAACAACACCGUAAUCAGGAAGACUUUCUACAGGAGCCAGCCGGUGCCCGCCUUCACUUCCGAAGAUAUCGACAUGCUGGAGACCAAAACGGGACGUUGGGAAGCUUCAUUUGAGGGCCUGAUGUAUGAAGGGAAACCGGAUCCCAGAGCUCGAUGGAGCCGGUGCUGCAAAAUGGGGAAGUGAUGCGCCGCAGAGCGACUCUCCAUAGUUGACAAGUUUUGUAUUUGUAGCACAAAAGCACAUUUACAGCACGAAGCAAGAAAAAAACUUCCGAUAAAAAUAGAUUCGAUGAAACAUUUGUGAAAUAGAGUUGAAGUUGUUCUGUGUUAUUAAAACGAGAGUUUUCAUUUAUUCCAGAAGGUUUUAUCUUUUAUUAUGGCCAGUGCCUUUGUAAAGUAUUCCAAUUGGUUUGUUUUGAGAAUAAUCAUAUUCAUUUUCUUUAUUGUUUUUAAAAUAUUACGUGACUAUUUUCGACAUCAAACUAUGAAUAUUAAUUUCAUCAGUUGAUUAAAUCAAUAUAUUUCACUG